AAAAACAAAUCCAGCAUAUGAUGUCGGCGGGACCAGUUUGCAACAAAAUUUAAAAUUGACUAGUCUUUCUCCAUUUCUUCUUCUCUUCUCUUUCUCAUUCCACAGCAACAUAAACAUAUCUCACUGAGAUCAAAUUCUACCACAAUAACACACUGAUGAUGAAGGUGAUACAACAGUGUCAAGUUUCACCACCACCCAAUUCACUUCCAUCGCCAACCAUUCUCCCUCUCACUUUCUUCGACAUUCCAUGGUUUUAUUGUCACCCUGUUAAACGCAUCUUCUUCUACCACUUUCCUCAUCCAACACACCACUUCCUUCAAACAACCCUUCCCAUUCUCAAACACUCUCUUUCUCUCACCCUCCAACACUUCUUCCCCUUUUCCUCCAAUCUCAUCAUCCCUCCAGAUUCCCGUGACGCCCCUUACAUACGCUACCUUGACGGCGACUCACUCUCCUUCACCGUCUCUGAAUCCUCCGCAAACUUCAACAUCCUCGUAUCUGAUUCACAAGACGCUCAAAACUGGCACCCUCUUGUUCCUAACUUGCCUUCACCUCGUACCGAACCUAACGGUACACGUGUUGUUCCUUUAAUGGCCAUUCAACUCACCGUUCUACCAAACUCUGGAUUCUCUAUCUCUCUCACGUUCCAACACGUCGCCGGAGAUGGAACAUCACUUCAUCAUUUCAUUAAAUAUUGGGCCUCUCUUUCAAAAGCCAGUGCAAACAACAACAGUAAUAGUUUAUUAUCUCUUGAUCUUCCUUCCCAUGAAAGAGAUAGAGUCAAAGACACAAAAGGUCUUAAAUCUAUCUACUUACAAGAACUACAAGAUUCUGAUUCGAAAAACAUGGAAUUUGCGGGUAUCGUUCAAGAUUCUUAUGUUAACAAGGUGCGAACAACUUUAGUUUUGAGCUAUGAACAAGUUCAGAAUUUGAAGAAAUGGGUGACUAAUAAAUGUAAAGACAGUCAUAGAACGCAACAUCUGUCAACUUUUGUUGUGACAAGUUCCUUGAUUUGGUUUUGUAUGGUUAAAUCGGAGCAUAGCGAAAGCAAAAGGGAUCAAGAUGAUUGUGCUGUUGUUGAUGAUGAUCUCUGCUACUUUGUGAUUCUUGCAGACUGUCGUGGUAGCAGUGAACUUUUAUUACCAAAAGCUUACUUUGGAAAUUGUGUUACUUCUUAUACUGUGGCUAUAAAGAGGAAUGAGUUAGUUGGAGAAAAUGGGAUUGUUGUGGCUGCAAAUGGUAUUGAAAACAAGAUAAGAGAUUUUAAGAGUAAUGCUUUAUUAGGAGCUGAAAUGGUGAUGUCCAAUUACAGGGAAUUAUCGAAACCUGGUAAGUCUGUUAUAGUGGUUGCAGGAUCACCUAAACAUGCUGUUUAUGAGACUGAUUUUGGUUGGGGGAAGCCUUUGAAAUCUGAUGCAGUACAUCUUGAUUCAACUGGUUCGAUCUCUCUUUCUGAUGGUAGAGAUGGUGAAGGUGGAAUUGAGGUUGGUUUGGCUCUUGAGAGGUCUCAAAUGGCUAAUUUCAUCAGCAUCUUUCAACAACAACUUGAUUAUAUUUGUAGCAUCUGAAUGGAAGAAUGUGCACCAGUCUUGGUUUCAGCAACUCAUUUACUACAAAGUUUCUACUCUUUUUUACUAAUAAAUAAAGUCUGUCCCCUUAAAAUCAACAACUUUCUAAGUUUAUCAUACUUAAGUUUUAUAGUAAGCAAAUUUCUAAGUUUAUGUCCAUAAGCAAUACUUGGAUUCGCGUGCCUUUAGACAUAUCUAUGAGUUAUCUUCCUAAUAAAAGAGGGUAUAAAUGUUAUUAUUCUCUCAGUUGUAAGGGGUUUUUGGAGUGACAGUUAAAUCUGUGUA